UCUCCCUCGACGGCGCCAACACGACCUCUCUCUCCUCCGCCGCCGCCUCGCCGCGUCUCCUUUAUCCCGUGCGAGAUCGAGUCGGACAGGAGAAAGAGAGGGGGCAAUAGGAUCGACGUAGAGAGCCCCCCCAAGGUGCGCUCUCGAUUCGUCCUUGCCGGCGCCAUGGGGCUGCUCGUGCUGAACCGCCUCAUGUCCAUCCGGCGGCCGCGCCGCCGCCGCUUCCGGCGAGCCAAGUUAGCCCGCAAGGGAUUAAUCGCUACAUCGGCUAAAAGGAAGUACUCAAGCUGCCAGCAAGAUGAUGAUGAUGAUUCUCGGGGUGGUAAAAGCAUGAGAAAAUCAGAGAUAUACAUUCCAGAGGACAUCUUGUGUCAUAUAUAUUCCCUGAUGCCAAUGCGUGAUGCUGCUCGUGCUGCGUGUGUGUCUCGUGCCUUUCUAAGUUCUUGGAGAUGUCAUCCCAAGCUGACCUUUAACGAGAAUACACUAGGAUUGCGUUCAUGUGGUUUAGAGAAACAUUUCAUCCGAAGAGUUGACGACAUUCUUGAAAAACACUCUGGCAUUGGAUUGAAGACAUUCAAACUUCUUCAGUUCCCCGAUAAUCUAGAUAUAUGUGAUCAUGUCGAUCGUUGGCUUCAGUUCGCUAUGACACCGGCGAUUGAGGAACUCACUGUCAUCAUGUAUGAAGCCAUGCUACCCUACAACUUCCCAUGCUCACUUCUAUCUAAUGGGAUUGCAAAUUCUAUUCGAUCUCUUGUUCUUGGCAAUUGUGCCUUCCAUCCUACGGUCGAAUUGGCUUCCUGGAGAAGCCUUAAAAAGCUAUGUUUGUCUUGGGUGUGCAUCACAGGACCUGAGUUAGGGUGUCUUCUUUCGAAUUCGUUUGUUCUGGAGUGGUUGGAACUCAAAUAUUGCAAGGAGAUAGUUAGCCUGAAGAUACCAUGCACACUGCAGCGGCUCAGCUACCUUGAUGUUUUUCAAUGCAAGAGGCUGCGAUUUAUAAAGAACAAAGCUCCAAAUUUGACCACUUUUUACCUUUCUGGAUACAAUGUAAACCUUUCAUUUGGAGAAUGGUCGCAAGUGAAGAAACUACGUGUGUGCGAUUCACGCCUUGUUCGUUAUGCCAGUGAUAAUCUUCCAUCCAUGAUGCCGAAUCUUGAAACUCUUUCAAUAGAUUCGUUCUCUGAGGUGGUCAACGCAACAAUGCUAACCUCCAAAUUCCUCUGUCUGAAGUUCUUGAAUAUUUCUCUCUCUGGAUUGACCUUUUCACCAUCUUAUGAUUAUUUUUGUCUAGCCUCCUUUUUUGAUGCUUCUCCUUUCUUGGAAACUUUCUUCUUGUCGAUAUCUCAACAACAGAUGGAGCAUGAAUCAAAAUCAAUAGUUGGAGAUUUCUCACAUAUGAGACAGAUUGCAGAACACCGUCAUGAGUACCUCAAAAGUGUGGUGAUCAAUGGUUUCUGCUACUCGAAGAGCUUGGUUGAGCUAACGUGUCAUAUUCUUGAGAACCUAGUUUCACUGGAGUAUCUAACACUGAACACAGCCCUUUGCUUUGCUAACCCUUUUAAACGUAGACCUGGUUUGUGCGUUCCAAUGGAGAACAAGGGUAUUCUAAAGGAAGUACCUAAAGUGCUCUUGGCUAUUCAAACAUACAUCGCAAGGAAAGUUCCCUCUACUGUCAGAUUAAAUGUUGUGGAACCAUGCAGGAUGUGCAAAGCUAUUAUGUAUUAGGCGUUAUCUAUGUUGAAGCUAAUUUAUUUCUCGAAGAUUCUAGCCAACUUAUGCAUGGCUAAGAAGCUAAUUCACUUUUUAAAGUUUGUAGUUAACUCAUGCAUGACUAAACCUCUCAAAUAUAUUCAUGAAGCAAUAUGAAUAUGUUGCAUGUCCUACUAAGGCUGCGU